CUCUCCAUCUCCUUUUCCUUUCCACCUCCUCCCCACUUGAUUUUAUAAUCCAUUGCGCGCUGAGCCACUUCCAAUUUUCUUCCUUCCUUCCUUCCUUACAAAUACCCCCCUCGCGUUCCUUCGGCGAAGAACGGAAGAAGGAAGAGAGUAGGUGAAGAAAUUUAUGGGGAGGGUGAUGAUUCCCAGUGAGUCUCCUCCGCCGCAUCAGGAGCUUCCACCAAUUCACCGCGACGAGGACGACGGCGGUACCGGCGACGUCGGUUACCUAACAAUCUCCACCACUUGCCCCCAUGCUUCUUGUUUGAAUCGUUCAGCAGCAGCGACAGAGUGCUGCGGCGGAGCGCUAGUUCCACCGCUCAACUUUGCGGUCGUCGACGCCGGCGUCUUCCGGUCGGGGUUCCCCGAGACGGCCAACUUCGGCUUCCUGCACACCCUCAAGCUCCGGUCCAUCGUGUAUCUUUGCCCGGAGCCGUAUCCGGAGGAAAACCUGGAGUUUCUCGAGUCGAAUAGUAUCACAUUAUUUCAAUUCGGAAUCGAUGGUCGCAAGGAACCGUUUAUUGACAUUCCCGGAGACAAAAUUAUUGAUGCUCUCAAAGUUAUCCUCGAUGCCAAAAACCACCCUUUGCUUAUCCAUUGCAAGAGAGGAAAGCAUCGAACUGGUUGCGUCGUGGGAUGUUUGAGAAAGCUUCAGAAGUGGUGUUUGCCCUCAGUUUUUGAUGAAUACCAGCGAUUCGCCGCCGCUAAAGCGAGGGUUUCCGAUUUGAGGUUUAUGGAACUGUUCGACACGUCGAACCGAGAGCUGUGAAUGAUGGACUACAGAGGGGCUAAUUUCCCUUCGCAGCAUCGGGUGCUCUGAAUGAAUCGAGUUAAUGAAUAAUUGAGAUAUUAAUUCGCUUGUUAGUUGCAGCAUGGAGAGUAAGGAAGUUAGGGGCACCUUUUUUUUGGAUGUCCUCGACAAUUUUCUUCCCCAGCAAAUUUAAUGGAAGAUGACUACUUUAGCUCAUCAACGUUGUGUGACUGAUCAGGAAUGUGAAUAAAUGUAAUUAAAUGACCUAAAAUAUAGCAUUAAAAAAAUAGGGUUUUUUUAUGUAAAGAAACAAAGAUUGAGGAUGGAUUUGAAAGAGAGAAAGAGAGAGAGAACAAAGAG